AAAUCUGAUCAAGCUUUUCCGGUCUGCUAGCCCUAAUUUCCUCUCAAGACCUCUGGCGUUUGGACGCGCAGGCACAGAGGGGGAGAUAUCCUGGUCGAGGAGCAGCGAGGAGAAACUGGGGCACAACAAGCCGCGCGCCUCUGCACGGUUCCUCAUGAGUAAGGUAAUGCAUCCUGCCCUCAGUGUAAUGUGUCUGGGAAGGAGGAGUGUGUGAGAAUGGAUCGGCGGAUGGGAGCGCGGCAGCUCCGUGCCAUCCCAUCCGCGCGUCUCUCCGUCUCCGUGAAGCCGCCACAGAGCGCCCGCCGAUGCGCCCCCAGCUGCACUCACCUCCGGGCAUUUGUCCGCUCGUCAUUACAUAACUCGGCGUUUUUUUAGUUGCUUGCAGUGAAUUCAUUUCAUCAGGAGGCAGGAGAGGCGUCUGGUUCGCUGCCCCAUCAGCACGAAGCUGCAAGCGGCGGCAGGCAGGCAGGCGACGCGGCGUGGAUUUAAAGCCGGACUGUGCUGCUUUUUGCUGUCGUGGACUGGAGCUCCAGCAGAAAGGGUGGAAACCUGAAUCCACCGGUGAUGAGAGCUCACUCUGAGAGGUUUUCACUGGUGUUCUUCCAGAAGCAUCUGGAAAGGAUAAGACAGGGAUACACUCCCCCUCAGGAGGAUCAUUCACAUAUCAGACAUUUCAGUGUUUCAGCUCUGCGUGAAGUAUUCCAGCAUUUGUUUUAAUGUGAAAUUGGUUUAACCAUAACCGUUUAUACAAUCUCCUGUGCACCAGUAACUUGGUGCAUUCUAUCAGUGGUUAAAGGACAAAUACCCUCAUCCAGACUCCAGCACAUAUUAGAAAACCCUGCAAGCUUUCCUUGUAGCUAUGCAGUGAAGAUGUGUGCAGCCAGGUUUAAUGGCUGUGCCGAGGAGGCCUCCGCCGCCAGUGGUGGCGGAGGUGGUGCCGCAGGGGCUGCUGGUCCGAUCAUUGCCUCCAGGAUGCUGGACUGGACGGAUGCGGGUCCUCGCAUCCUCCACAGCCUGGAGAUGGGCACGGUGAUGACCAUCUUCUACCAGAAGAAGUCCCAACGGCCCGAAAGGAGAACCUUCCAGAUAAAGCAGGACACGCGGCAGAUUGUGUGGAGCAGAAACCCCGACAAGAUAGAAGGAGAGGUCGACAUACGGGAGAUCCGGGAGCUGCGGUUGGGGAAGGGCUCCCGUGAUUUCGAGCGCUACCCGGAGGAGGCCCGUAAACUGGACGCCGCCCACUGCUUCAUCGUGCUCUACGGCCUGGAGUUCCGCCUCCGGACGCUCAGUGUGGCAGCUUUCAGCGAGGAGGAGGUCAACAUGUGGAUUACUGGUCUCAACUGGCUGAUGGUGGACACUCAGAGAGCGCCAGCUCCACAGCAGAUAGACAGGUGGCUGAGGAAACAGUUUGAAGUCAUGGACAGGAGCCACGAGGGCAGCAUCACAGUGAAGGAUGUGAAAGCUCUGCUGCCUCAAAUCAACUACAGAGUCCCAAACAUGCGCUUUCUUAAAGACAAGCUCCAGGAGGUGGAGGCCCGGAGCGACCUGUCAUACCCUAAUUUCUCCCAGCUCUACAGAACGCUCAUGUUCGACUCGCAGAAGAAUAUUAUUGAGCAGCUGGAGCUCUCCUUCCCUCUGCGGAACGUUGACAGACCGGAGCUUUGUCAGAUCUCCCUCUACGACUUCCAGAAGUUUUUACAGAUGGACCAGAAGGAGUCCUGGGCGUCGGACCUGAGUCGUGUCAGAGAGUUCCUGACGGGCUACAUGAGGGGCGCUCCGCACCCGGAGCCCAUGCUGCAGCUUGAUGAGUUCCUGACGUUCCUGUUCUCUAAAGAGAAUUCUGUGUGUGACCCUCGACAUUCACCGGUUGUUGCUGACGACAUGAAGAGGCCGCUGUCUCAGUACUGGAUCUCCUCUUCACACAACACUUAUCUGACAGGUGACCAGUUUUCCAGUGAAUCGUCUCUUGAAGCCUACGCCCGCUGCCUCAGGAUGGGCUGCCGCUGCAUUGAGUUGGACUGCUGGGACGGACCUGAUGACCUGCCAAUCAUCUACCACGGCCACACGUUGACCUCCAAGAUCAAAUUCCUGGAUGUGCUGCACACCAUCAAAGAACACGCCUUCGUCACUUCAGAGUAUCCGGUGGUUUUGUCCAUCGAGGACCACUGCAGCGUGGUCCAGCAGAGGAACAUGGCCACACACUUUAAGAAGGUGUUUGGAGAUCUGCUGCUCACAAAGCCAGUUGAUAACAGCGCAGAGGAGCUGCCCUCACCCUACCAGCUCCGCAGGAAGAUCCUCAUCAAGCACAAGAAGCUGGUGGAAGGCACGCUGUACGAAGAGGUGACGUCAGCCAGCUACUCUGAAAACGACAUCAGCAACUCUCUGAAGAACGGCAUCCUGUACCUCGAAGAUCCCAUCGACCACACGUGGACUCCACAUUAUUUUGUCCUGACCAGCAACAAGAUCUACUACUCAGAGGAGACGUCCCACUACCAGACAGCUGAUGAAGAGGAGGACGACGAGGCAAAAGAGGAGUGUAACAACAACGAGCAGCACUGUGCGGAGCGCUGGUUCCACGGUAAGCUGGGCGGAGGUCGUGACGGCCGACAGGUGGCGGAGAAGCUGCUGCAGGAGUACUGCGAGGGUGGAGCCAAAGACGGCACCUUCCUGGUCCGGGAGAGUGAGACGUUUGUCGGAGACUACACCCUCUCGUUCUGGCGCUCCGGUCGAGUCCAGCACUGCAGGAUUCACUCUCGCCAGGAGUCCGGCUCCACUCGCUUCUACCUGACCGACAACCUGGUGUUCGACAGCCUGUACCGCCUCAUCUGCCACUACAGAGACACGCCACUUCGCUGCAACGAGUUCGAGAUGAGGCUGGGCAGCCCGGUGCCACAGCCCAAUGCACACGAGAGCAGAGAGUGGUUCCACUCCAGUCUGUCCCGUGUUCAGGCUGAACACAUGCUGAUGCGCGUCCCCAGAGACGGAGCUUUCCUGGUGCGAAAACGCAGCGAGCACAACUCCUUCGCCAUCUCCUUCAGGGCGGAGGGGAAGAUCAAACACUGUCGUAUCCAGCAGGAGGGGCGUCUCUUCAUGCUGGGCAGCUCCGCAGAGUUCGAGAGUCUGGUCGACCUCGUGACCUACUACGAGAAACAUCCUCUGUACCGCAAGAUGAGGCUCCGCUACCCCAUCAACGAGGACACUCUGGACCGCAUGGGCACCACGGAGCUGGACUACGGGGCGCUUUAUGAGGUCCGAACUCCUCAUUUCUACGUGGAGGCCAAUAAGAUGCCCACAGCUCGGUGUACAGUCAAAGCUCUGUACGACUAUCGAGCUCAGAGGGAAGACGAGCUCUGUUUCCCCAAACAGGCGCUCAUCCUCAGCGUGGAUAAACAGGAGGGCGGCUGGUGGCGAGGUGACUACGGAGGAAAGAAGCAGCUGUGGUUUCCUGCAAACUACGUGGAGGAGGUUCCCAGUUCUCCCACCAGAGAGCUGGAUGAAGCAGUUACAGAGGAUAUGCACAAAACUCCAACCCCCACAACUCAUAUUCCCUCACAUAGGUCCACAGAGAACAGUCCUCUUGGAACAUUCCUGAAAGGCUUCAUCGAUGUCCCCACCUGCCAUGUUGUGGUGCACAAGGACGGGAAGAAUUCGCGCCCCUAUGUGUUCACGAUCCACUCCCAGCAGCUGUCGUCUCACCCGGUUCAGACGCUGGACGUGGCGGCCGACAGUCUGGAGGACAUGAACAUCUGGGUCAGCAAGAUCAGAGAGGCCACGCAGAACGCUGAUGCACGGAUGCAGGAGGAGAAGCAAAUGGAGCGGAGGAAGAAGAUCGCUGUGGAGCUGUCUGAGCUGGUGGUCUACUGCAGACCGGUCCCCUUCAACGAGGACAAGAUCGGCACGGAGAGAGCGUGUUACCGUGACAUGUCCUCCUUCCCGGAGACGAAGGCGGAGAAGUUUGCGACACGCAGCCGAGGGAAACGCUUCCUGCAGUACAACCGGCGGCAGCUCUCCAGAGUUUACCCCCGAGGACAGAGGCUGGACUCGUCCAACUACGACCCGCUGCCCAUGUGGCUCUGCGGCUCCCAGCUGGUCGCACUCAACUUCCAGACCCCAGAUAAACCGAUGCAGCUGAAUCAGGCCUUGUUCAUGCUGGGAGGUGGCAGUGGCUUCGUUCCCCAGCCGGACGUCAUGAGGGACGACGCCUUCGACCCUUUUGACAAGGACACCUUACAUGUGGAGCCAAUCACUGUCCAGUUACAGGUGCUGGGAGCUCGUCAUCUGCCUAAAAAUGGCCGCAGCAUCGUCUGUCCCUUUGUGGAGGUGGAGAUCUGUGCAGCCGACUACGACAGCUACAAGUGCAAAACAGACGUAGUGGCUGAUAACGGUCUGAAUCCUGUGUGGGUGCAGAAGCAGUUUGUGUUUGACAUCCACAACCCAACAUUCUCCUUUCUGCGCUUCACUGUCUACGAGGAGGACAUGUUCAGUGAUCCCAACUUCCUGGCACAGGCGACGUACCCUGUCCGUCUGUUACGAACAGGCUACAGGAGCAUCUCACUGAAGAACAGCUACAGUGAAGAGUUAGAGUUGGCAUCACUUCUGGUGCAUAUAGAGAUCGUCAAUGCAAAGGAGGAAGACGACGAGAACUUGUACAUGUCCAUCCAGCGGCUGAGGGAUCGAACCAGCGAGCUGUCCAACCAGGUUUCCCUCCUGGAGAGGUCGGGCUCAGGGGACCUCAGCUACCAGCAGAGCCUGGAGGAGCUCCGAGCGGCUCAGGACCAGCUGAGUGAGCUGGUGGAGGCUCGAAACCGCAGGCUGAUUGAGAAGAAGAGGAGGGAGAAGCUGAGGCAGCAGGUGACAGCAAAACGCAGCUAAACAUCUCACCACCAGAGGACAACAGCGACACGCAAUCAUGCAUUUAUAACUGGAACUAAAAAUAUGUUCUUUCACAGUAAAAUGUGAGACUUUAAAGCACCAUGCUGUCCGAACAGCAGAGCAAAAAGAAGCAUCUCAUGGACUAAAAACAAAACCUCACAAAACUAAGCUAUAAAAACAAUCAAUGACUGGAGGCUGAAACACAUUACGAGCAAACUAGAGAUGGGUUUCUUCUAAAGUGUUUUCAUGGAAACAGUUUGUUGAUCGACAAGAAAUUUAGCUGUAACAGAUCUGACGAUUAAUUGAUCAUUCCAAGUCCUUUUUAAACCAGGGAAAACCCCCAAAAUUGCUGCUUUUCUUUGUGUUAUGUGAUAAGAAAUUUAUCAUUUGGGGAUUUUGGACUGUUGGUCAGACAGAACAAGCUAUUUGAAGAUGCCAACUUGAGCUUUUAAAUAUUUUCUGAUAUUUUUUUAACCAGACAAUUAGGAGAUUAAUGGGUCUCAAUGAAGCCAAGUUGCCUCUUGACACCUUUAAAAACUGGAUCUCAUUAGAGAAGAUGAGGGUGUAACACGCCACAAAACUGAAAUCUGCUUUUAGAAAAUUAAAUUUGAAGCUCAUCAAGUUCACUCUUACUGUGUUUUGGUCUUUAGCUAGAAAAACAGGACAUAAGGGAGAAGAAAACUCAGGUUACACAAGAGGAUGGAAUUUAAAAAAAACUAUGGAUGGGGAAAAAGGGAGCAGUGGGCACACGUAGCAAAAAAGCUAAUAUCAUGUAUGUGCCUUUGAUGUAUUUGUAGGGUUAAAAUGACUUGUGUUUAACAAAUAAAACUUUCUUUACAACUGGAAUAGUGGCCCUUUAAGGGAAAACUACUAACAAAUGAGGAAUCCACUCGUUUGGCUUGGACCACUACUCAUGGGUGAAAUGGGUUUAAAGGGAUUUUGAGACUGAAGUCUGUUCCUUCUAAUCAAGACCAAGUCUUUUUUUCGGGUGAUCACAUGAACUCUGGGACAGGAGCCCCUUUUCACCCGGGGUCAGACGUUCCCGUUCUACAUGGGAGAGCACAAACUGGACAAACAAAUCCUCCACAAACCACAUGAGAAGGUCUUUUAAUACAUCCUGAAAAAGGGCUCUAAAUAUAUCUAUACUACCUUCGAAGAGAACAGAGAACAAGAGGAAGACCACGAUCCUCAUAGCGCCCCCUGGAUGUCACCUGCAUAGGGGCUCAAGUGUGUGUCACAAUCAGACACACACAACAAACAAGGGCUAUCACGAAGCACUCUUACUUUGUCCCCCAUCUGAACCCCACGGCCAGGAUCAGGUCCCAUCAUCUGGCACUAAUCAACAGAUGCGGACCAACUGGACCUGGAUCGGGUAAAAAAAAACCCAUAUGACCCAAUGCAUGGCUUCAUAUCUAAUAACAUCCCCCUCUGUAGCUAUUCCUUCCCAUCAUACUCCUCUUAUUUGUCAUUGUAUAUAUAACUUCUUUUAUUUAUCAAACCCGUGUAGAUCCUGUUGUAAUAGAUGAAAAGAACAUACAAGGAGAAUGAUAACGGACUUCAGAUUCAAGAUACUGUAACUGUAUGUAGAAAUUAAUAUUGUGUCCCUUUAACUGUCCCCAUAGACACAAACCUCUCUCUUUCCUCCCCUGUGCUGUAGUUGCACUGGGCGGGGCCUCUAUGCAAAGGUGGUCUUCUCGGUCUAUAGCCAUUUUGUAUUAGGCGAUUUGACUCAAGUUGUGUUUUCUCUCCGUAUCUAUGCUAACUGUCCAGUAUUAUUACUCUGCAUUACAAAUCCUGUGCAAGUUUCCAUUGAAUAAAGCUCUUUCGUGUA